AGAUGGGCAUCUCAAAAACUCGCCCAAAACAAAAGUUGCUCCAAGCUCCGCCCAUUUUGGAUCCAGACCCCGCCCCUUUUGCUCCAAACUCCUCAGAAACUCGAACCGGAAAAUAUUUCAUAUACGCUUUCAUAAUUUUAUCAAUAUUUAUUAAUGGAGCAUCAAAUUAUGCGUGGUUUUCCACGUUUUACGAGUGCUCAAAAGCCGAGGAAAUUGUGCAAAGGAUGUGUGCUCCGAAGUUGGAACGGCUGGAAUUAUUGAUUGAAAGUACGGUACCGGAGUUUGCUAUGACACCAAUUGGACGGGAUAUGGCCCGGAAAUGUGCAGAAGUGGAGGAAUGCCUAGGCGCCGUUCAGUGCUCCCAGCCGGAGCUCCGUAGUGAUUUUCUCCAAAAAUGCUCAAUUUUUCAAUUUUUCCACACAGAAUUUGCCACCUGCCGGGACGUUCUACAAAAAUCAUCGAAAAUUCGCGAAAAUUGUGUGAAAAAGUUGUUCGCUACGGGACCCAUUUCGUGUGAUGUGCUCAAUGAGCAUUUGGAGUGUUAUCGGACAAAAAUCGAGGAAAAUUGUGAUACGGAUGCGGUUUUUAUGUAUCAUUUUGAUAUUCAUAUGUAUAAUUAUGCACAAAUCAUGAAUUGUACAGAAGUGGAGUUGGAUUGAGCUCCAAAACCUUAAUUUAUUGAAAAAUCAAAUAAAAUUGUGAUAAUU